UCCGGAUUGAUCCUCACGGGCUUCAUCGAUAUAUACAGCUGUGUUCUUGUAAAGCCUGGAAUCCAAAAUUGUACUCCUCUAUGUGAUUUGUCUUCUCUCAUGUUUUUUGGUUUUUAAGAGUCAACCUUUGCCUACAAUUCCACUCAGUCUCUAACUCUUUGCCAAGUUUGGUCCCCAUAUAGCGCUCCAUUUUCCACAACUUGGUCCGAAGUACGAAAGUCGCAAUCUUUUUUGCCUCUAUCACUAACCAAAACCAACCAAACCAGAGCUGUGGAUGAGUUUGAAUAUUUUCUUCACUCCCCAACAAUAUCUUCCAUUGAAGUUUUGAUCUUGGCGUGAUGGGUUUCGAAGGAGCUGACGAUUUGGACAAGGAGGGCCAGAAACUGCCGCCCCAGUCUAAAUUCCGGUACAACUCGCCUCUGGUGCAAGUCGGUCUCAUCGGUCUGGUCUGCUUCUGCUGCCCCGGAAUGUUCAACGCCCUCUCCGGCAUGGGCGGCGGAGGCCAGGUCGACCCCACCGCCUCCAACAACGCCUCCACCGCCCUCUACUCCUUCUUCGCCGUCUUCGGCAUCCUCGGCGGCGGUAUCUACAACAUCCUCGGUCCCCGCCUCACUCUCCUCUCCGCCUGCUCCACCUACGUCCUCUACGCCGGCUCCUUCCUCUACUACAACCACCACAAGCACCAGGCCUUCGCCAUCACGGCCGGAGCCAUCCUCGGAGUCGGCGCCGGCCUCCUCUGGGCCUGCCAGGGCGCCAUCAUGACGUCAUACCCGCCCCCUAAUCGCAAGGGGACGUACAUCUCCAUCUUCUGGAGUAUCUUCAACAUGGGAGGUGUCAUUGGUGGCUUGAUACCAUUUGUGCUCAACUAUCACAGAAGUGAGGCUGCUUCUGUGAAUGAUGCAACUUACAUCGGCUUCAUGGUGUUCAUGUCAGUCGGGACCAUCCUGUCCCUGGCUAUCUUGCCGCCGAGUAAGGUGGUCCGUGACGACGGGACCAAGUGUACUAAUAUUCAGUACUCCAAUGUCACGACUGAGGCGAUCGAGAUUGUGAAGCUGUUUUUGAAUUGGAAGAUGCUGCUUAUUAUCCCUGCUGCUUUUUCUAGCAACUUUUUCUACACUUACCAGUUCAAUAAUGUGAAUAGUGUGAUGUUCAAUCUGAGGACUAGGGGUUUGAACAAUGUGUUCUACUGGGGUGCGCAGAUGAUUGGGUCGAUUGGGAUUGGUUACAUUAUGGAUUUCAGCUUCAAGAGCAGGAGGACGAGGGGAUUUUUCGGGAUUGUAGUGGUGGCUGUUCUUAGCACUGCCAUUUGGGCCGGUGGACUUGCUAACCAGGUAGGGUACAGUCGCGGCAAGAAGCCAGAGAAGUUGGAUUUCAAGGACUCGGGUUCUGAUUUCGCAGGACCGUUUGUGUUGUACUUUAGUUUCGGGUUGCUGGAUGCCAUGUUCCAGAGCCUUGUUUACUGGGUCAUUGGAGCCUUGGCUAAUGAUUCUGAAAUUCUAAGCAGGUAUGUUGGAUUCUAUAAAGGAGUGCAGAGUGCUGGAGGAGCUGUUGCUUGGCAAGUUGAUGCUCACAAUGUCUCGUUCAUCGGUCAAUUGAUUAUGAAUUGGGUUUUUACGACUGUGAGCUAUCCGUUGUUGCUUAUUCUGGUCUUGUUUGCUGUGAAGAAUGAGGGUGAAGAAGAGGAAAUUACCAAGGGCAAGGAUGUUGCGCCUGGCUCGACCAAGGAGGUUGCUUAGCUUAAUAAGUGAUUCAGAUAGAUUCUUUGGAAUUGUCAUUUGUAUUUGCUCCCACUUUUAAAAGGUGUUUGCCAUCAUGUUUACAAGUAUUGAAAUUGAUGAAGUUAUCCACUUGUAUACACAUAAAUGGAAGUUCAUGCUUUGUCUAAA